UUUUACCCGUACCCAAUCAGAAAGCGUUUGGUCACACAGAUCUAAAAAAUGGUGGUUUUAGUUUUAGAUAAUGGAGCCGGCUGCGCUAAAGUUGGGUAUUCUACUGACACGGAGCCAAAAAUAAUUCCAAAUUGUGUCUCAAAAGCAAAGAAUGUGAGGACAAGAAUUUUUAUUGGUGACCAAAUAGAUGAAUGUAAAGAUCUCUCAGGACUUUAUUACUUACUUCCUUUCCAGAAGGGAUAUAUGGUAAACUGGGAGGUUGAGAAACAGGUGUGGGAUUAUAUGUUUGGUAAAGAAAAAAUGAAAGUUGAUUUUAAUGAUACAAGCAUUAUUCUAACAGAGCCUUACUUUAAUUUCACAUCAAUACAAGAAGGAAUGAAUGAAGUUUUAUUUGAAGAAUAUGGAUUUAAGUCUGCACUGAGAACUAACCCAUCUUAUCUAAGCCAGUAUAAAUUAAGUCAUGAUAACCCAGACAAGAAACUGUGCUCUCUUGUACUAGAUACUGGAUAUUCAUUCUCACAUAUUAUACCAUAUUGUAUGGGGAAAAAAUUGAAAGAUUCCAUUGUAAGAAUAAACAUAGGUGGUAAAGUAUUAACAAAUCAUCUUAAGGAAGUAAUUUCAUACAGACAAUUAAUGGUGAUGGAUGAAACAUACGUUAUCAACCAACUGAAGGAAGAUGUUUGCUAUGUAUCUACUCAGUAUGACACAGAUAUGAAAACUUCCAGGAAAAAGGGCGCUGAAAAUACUGUAAUGCGAGACUAUGUGUUACCUGAUUACACUCAUAUAAAACGAGGAUAUGUUAGACCUCAAGAAGAAACCACAGGUCGUGCACAGGGAAAUGAACAAAUUAUAAGGAUGAACAAUGAAAGAUUUGCAGUGCCAGAGUUAUUGUUCCAUCCAUGUGAUGUUGGUGUACAAGAAAUGGGCAUUGCAGAGGCAUUAAUACAUUCUGUUAGUUCCACAAAACCUGAAGAGAUGCAUCCACAUCUGUAUAGAAAUAUUUUAACAACAGGAGGAAAUUGUCUCAUACCUGGUUUUCAGGAAAGAUUUUUAAUAGAUGUAAGAAGUCAAGCUCCUGAUGACUAUGAGAUCUCUGUGACUACACCCAGCAAUCCCAUCACAUAUGCAUGGGAAGGAGGUGUACAGUUAGCCAAUGAUCCAGAGUUCCAUAAAUUGACAGUAUCAAGAGAUGAAUAUGAAGAAUGUGGACACAGUAUAUGUCAUGAAAGAUUUGAUUUGUGACACACUUAACAAACUGUGACACACUUAACAGAUUGUGACACACUUAACAAAUUGUGACAUGUAACAAAUCGUGACACAUUACAAAUUGUGACAUACCUAACAAAUUGUGACACACAACCAAUUGUAGCAUAUGACACAAGGUGACACAUUAGGCAAAUGUAAUACUAUGAUUUUGUGACUACUGAUUAUACCAGUUAUUACACACAGGACAAAUACAAGCUCUUUUGGAUACUUUAUUGGCCACUGCAAAAUAAUGUCUCAUUGAUAAAAGUGUGGUACACCUGGAGGACUCAUUAGUUAUUGCCGGAAAGACAUAUUGUUUUUGCAAAAAGAUGCACUGCCUGUGAUGUUUGUGUAACACAAAUGUUGUAAUGGUAUUCUUAGGAAUAAAGGUGCUAUGGUUUGUUAACCAAAUUUGCUGACAACAUACAUGCAUCAAAUUCUUUGCACCAAGUGAAUGCUAUAUAGAAGUUGCAGGGUAUACAAUAAAAAGACACUGAAGAUAUGUGGCAAAACUGAUGCAACAGAUAUUUGCUGCUAUUUUAUUAUAUCAGUAAGAGAAAGUAAGAAAAAGGACAAUGGUGCUUCAAUCCACCUUAUGUGUUCAGUUUACUAUAAUAUCAUUGUCAGCAACACCUGCCAAUGUUUUGUUUGUUCUAUUCCACUACAUUUACAUGAUUUUAUUUUGAUUUUAUUUUAAGGUUGCUGUAUACAUUAUUGCUAACCAUUUCCACUGCCUAUGGAAAUAUUAAAGGCAUUAUUAGUUGUUUUCUAUAAUGACAAAAUAUUUUGUGUUUACUUUAAUUCUGGUUGCAACGGGCUGGAAAAUUUCAUGUUGGGUCUUUAAUGUAAUACUUCAAUAUUACACUUUAGUGAAGUUUCCCCCCCCCCAUUUUACUUCUUAAAGCUGCACACCUCCAGAUGAGCCAAAAUAUUUCAAGAAAAUCAAUAUUGAGAAAAAUGUACUAAAAUUUUAAGAAAGGUAAAAACUUUCAAGAUCCAAGUUAUAUUUUACAUGUUAUAUGCUUUUUAAGGCUGAUUUUGCAGUAUUUUGUCACCAUAUUUCUACUGCGUAAAGCAGUGAGGGCUGUUUUUGCAUAUGUUGACCGUCUUUUUGGUAAUGUUCGUUGAUUCUGCCCAUUCAUUUUUACAGGAGGGCUUUUGUCUUACACUUGCGACAAAACUGUUUAUUUUAUAUAAGUGACUGCAGUUUUGCAGUCAACCCUUGAUGUCUUGACCACUCUUGGUGUCUUGAUAGCUCUUGAUGGUCAAAGAGUAAAAUACGUGGCAUGAGGCCUUUCUGUAUUUACCAGAAAUCCUGUUGCAAAAUCAAUAAAUUUUAGAAAAAUUAUUAAAGGCAGACUCCCAGAGUGAUGUUUACAAGGGAAAUGUUACAAUGUAUUAACUGUUGACAUCCUUAUUUCUGAGAGAAAGACAUCAUCUUACAAGCUGUCAGUUGUCUUUGUAUAUAACCUCAAUGAUAUGUUAAAUAUUCUUAUGAGUUGCUGACAACUAUCAUAAUAAAAUAUCUA